UUUUUGUUUCGCUUUACACCUGAACCAUUUUCGGUGUAAAAAUGUGAAUCAGUGGACAGGGGAAAUGGAAUGGAAUGGGAGAAUUAAAUGCGAACGAACGAUGUACGACGAACGAGUGUGCAAAGGCAAAGUGAAAGAAUGCGCAGCGUUGCCACCCCGCUGGCUGAUGUGCGUGCGUGUGUGUUUGUGUGUGUGUGCGAAUGUGUGUGUUAGUUUCUUUUGCCCAUCGCAUAUAUAUAAACCGAUUCCUCACAAUAUCCAAAAAUCAAUAUAACCGAAGAACCUAUUUUUGUUGAUGUGUUUUUGUGCCGCCGCCGCCGACGUGCCCCCUCCCUUGAAAAACACAUCAACAAAGUUGUUAAAUUCACUUAGAGUGACAUUUACUUGGGACCUGACCUCUCUGUUUACCCAAACAAAACAAAUUUUAAUUUCUAUACCUUUACCUCUUUUGAUGACCGAAAGGACGCGCGAAUUGAAAGUAAAUCAAAAAGAAUAACCCCAACAACACAGAACCUCCAGCGAGAGAGUAAAAUGAAUAAUGAUGCGAAAAACCAUGAAUGCGAUGACUUGAAUGUGCGCUCCACGGCGUAUUUUAACCAACAAACCACAACCAAUCAACCGAAAGCACCAGCAACCAGCAAGAAUAACGCAGGCUUUGGCUCUGGCUCCAAUAAUAAUAAUAACAACAACAACACCACCACCAACAAUCAAAAGCCCAACAGACAGUUGAAUCAUAAUUUACCCCGUAUCGCUGCCGCCAGACAAUCGAUAGCCGCCGCUCUGCUGGCGAAUGAUAGUCUGAAGAACAGCGGGCGGAAGAUCCUGUCGGCCAAGAAUGAGCCACUGACGACGGAGUCAUCAGGCGUUUUAACCAACACACCAACACCAUUACCCAGCAAUAGUCGAUUGAAAGUUAACAACAACAACAACACCAAUAACACUGCCAAGAUGUCUGGAACCAGUAGCAGUCAUGCCUCGGCCACGCCCACACCGCCCACGGCCACCAGCAGCACAACCACCACAACAACAACGAACAGCAGCAGCGGAGGCGGUGCGAGUGGGAGUGGCAGCGGUGGCGGUGCCGGUAGUGGCACCACGGUAAUAGCCAAUCCUGCAUCGGUAGCCAAUACCGGAGCUGGAAGUGCCGCCAAGUUCCGUUCCGCCGUGGCCUCGGCGCCCAGCCCAGCACUGCCUGCAACCAACGCUCCUGCAAAUGCAACUGCAACUGCUGCGGCAACAGCAGCAACCGCAACUGCUCCUGCCCCCAGUAGUAGCUCCUCGUCCUCGAAGAAGACCCGAGCAGCAGUGGCCGCCCUGAAGCGACAGGUGGCCCUGCAGCAGCAGCAACAACAACAACAACAGCAGCAGCAGCCCGUUUCCGGUAAUACCCCCAACUUGACCAGCAAGGAUUCGGCGCAUUUGAAAUUCGCCGCAACCACUUUGCUGAUGGGCGCCGCCGCAGCUGCCGCCGAUAGCAACGCUGGCGCUGCUACCGGUGGAUCAGGUGCAGGAGGAUCAUCAUCUGGUGGAGCGGGAGGCGGGGCCAGAAUGGCCCUAAAUCCCGCCGUAGAUGUGGCCAAUGCCGCUGUCCUGCUUAAGCAAAAGCUAAAGGAUGCGGCUGCCGCUGCCUCGGCCUCCGCCUCCAAUCGCUCCGCCACCUCGUCCAUGUCGUCAACCGCCUCCUCGUUAUCCUCGUCGGCGGGCAUCGUGAACGCCAUUUCCUCGGCGCUGCAGAACAUCAUCACGCCGGAUACGGACACCGACACCGAGUUCUAUCCCCAGCCCGUCACCACAGACCUUUCCGAAUCGGAGGAGGAGUCCGUUUCAGAGAUCCUAUUGGCAUUCUUGUGUUUAAGGCCAGAUCUCCUGGACGAUAUUCCCGAGUCGGAUCCGGAUAGCUGUCCACAUGAGGGCGAGGUGCGCGAGGAUGAGGACGAAACGGAGGAGGAGUCGGAGGAAUCUGAUGAAUCCGAAGGCGACGAGGAGGAGGACGAAGAGGAGAUAGAUGUGCUACAGGACAACGAUGCGGACGACGAGGAGAUCGACGAUGAGGACGAGGAAGAGGACGCGCCCGAAGUGAGUUCCUUCCUGCUGGAUGCCAACAACAAGCGUUCCAGCAACAUCUCCGCCCUACUCGAGGCCGCGGCCAACGAGAAGGCCCCUGUCCUGCGCCACGCCACCCACGCCAUCGACGAGACCAAGCAGGCGCUAACGAAGAUGCGCUGCGCCAACAGUCCCCGCGAUAAGAACAGUGGUUUCUCCAGAUCCCUUGUGGCCGCCUGCACGGAUAACGAUGUCAAUACGGUGAAGCGACUGCUCUGCAAGGGCAACGUGAACCUGAACGAUGCCGCCGCCUCCACGGAUGAUGGCGAGUCCCUGCUCUCGAUGGCCUGCUCUGCGGGUUACUACGAAUUGGCUCAGGUUCUGCUGGCCAUGUCUGCCGCCCAGGUGGAGGACAAAGGGCAAAAGGACUCGACGCCCCUAAUGGAAGCUGCAUCCGCCGGCCAUCUGGACAUCGUCAAACUGCUGCUCAACCACAACGCCGAUGUAAACGCCCACUGCGCCACCGGCAACACCCCGCUCAUGUUUGCCUGCGCCGGUGGUCAGGUGGACGUGGUGAAGGUGCUGCUCAAGCACGGCGCCAACGUCGAGGAGCAGAACGAGAACGGACACACGCCCUUGAUGGAAGCGGCUUCCGCCGGCCAUGUGGAAGUAGCCAAGGUGCUGCUUGAACAUGGAGCCGGCAUCAACACCCACUCAAAUGAGUUCAAGGAGAGCGCCCUCACACUAGCCUGCUACAAGGGUCACCUGGACAUGGUGCGAUUCCUGCUCCAGGCAGGUGCAGAUCAGGAGCACAAAACCGACGAAAUGCACACUGCCCUAAUGGAGGCUUCAAUGGACGGUCAUGUGGAGGUGGCUCGCCUGCUGCUGGACUCCGGUGCCCAGGUGAACAUGCCCACGGAUUCUUUCGAGUCACCGCUAACGUUGGCCGCCUGUGGCGGUCACGUGGAGUUGGCUACACUCUUGAUAGAGAGAGGUGCCAACAUCGAGGAGGUGAACGACGAGGGCUACACACCGCUCAUGGAGGCCGCUCGCGAGGGACACGAAGAGAUGGUGGCCCUUUUGCUCAGCAAGGGUGCAAACAUUAAUGCCACCACCGAGGAGACCCAGGAGACAGCUUUGACGCUGGCUUGCUGCGGUGGCUUCAUGGAGGUGGCCGCAUUCCUGAUCAAGGAGGGAGCUAAUCUUGAGCUUGGUGCCUCCACACCGCUCAUGGAAGCCUCGCAAGAGGGACACACCGAUCUGGUAAGCUUCCUGCUGAAGAAGAAGGCCAAUGUUCAUGCAGAGACCCAGACGGGCGAUACUGCCUUGACGCAUGCCUGCGAGAACGGACACACGGAUGCGGCCGGUGUACUCCUAUCGUAUGGAGCUGAACUGGAGCACGAGUCCGAGGGCGGGCGAACGCCACUAAUGAAAGCCUGCCGUGCCGGACACCUGUGCACCGUCAAGUUCCUCAUUCAAAAGGGCGCCAAUGUCAACAAACAGACCACCAGUAAUGACCACACUGCCCUGUCGUUAGCCUGUGCCGGGGGUCAUCAGUCUGUGGUGGAGCUGCUAUUGAAAAACAACGCCGACCCGUUCCACAAGCUGAAGGACAACAGCACCAUGUUAAUCGAAGCCUCCAAGGGUGGACACACUCGUGUGGUCGAGCUGCUUUUCCGUUACCCGAACAUUUCGCCUACGGAACUGGCAGCGGCUGCGAAUGUUAACCAGGCAGCACCAACCACCACCACCCAGCCUGGUCAAAAUCAGAUGCGUCAAAAGAUCAUGAAGCAACAGCUUCAGCAUCAGUUGCAGCAGCUGAACGCUCCCCCUGGAUUGCAUGAGUUGUCCGAGGCGGCACGUGCAACCAACCAGCAACAUUUCCACCAGCAACAGUUCAGCAGUGCCGGCAACGGAUCCUCCAACAUUGUGGCAAUGGGAACUGGUGACUUUUUGGAUGCCGGUGAACUGCAGCUUACGGCUACGGCGGGAAUGAGUGCGGGGGCCGGAACCAGCACCACGGGGAGUGAGACUGGUAUGGAGGAGUAUGGAGAAGUCGGAGGAAUCGACCUGACUACUCUUGGCGCUCAGCAGCAGGAGGGCCUUAUUGCCAAGUCGAGAUUGUUCCAUUUGCAGCCGGGUUUUGAUCAGCAGCAGCAGCAGCAGCAGCAACAACAACAGCAGCCACCUGCAGCCGGCCAGCACCACCAGUUAGUGCCAUGUAAGCACUUCGACCUGGACAUGGAGCACAUUAAUUCUCUGCAGCCGCCGCAAAAGGCACCGCCCGCACCACCUGUACUCUUUCACACCGUUUGCCAGCAGCCUGUAAUGCAACAGCAGCAGCAACUUCAGCCAGGUCAGCCCAAGUUGAAGGCCAUGCUACCCAACCGUCAUCGGGCGUUGAAAACCGGCGAAGUAGUGGAGUUUAUAGACUGCCCGCUGGAACAGCAACAGCAUGGUGAGCAGGUGCGCACGCAGCCUUUGGGUGAGGAUGGGAAGACCCCACAGUUUGCAUGUGCUGGAGAGGAUCCACGCUUGCAGCGCCGACGCGGCUUUAUGCCGGAGCUGAAGAAGGGUGAACUGCCGCCGGAGAGCAGCAGCAGCGACCCAAACGAGCUAGCCCUUAAAGGAGCCGACAACAAUCAGCCCGUACCGACAGCACUGGACAAUAGUGCCUGCGCCCAGAUCCCAGCGCGAAACUCCAGCGGAGCAAUAACCCAUUCCUCGGAAGUACUGCAGAGCACUGCUAUCAGCGACAGGCCCAAGGUGAAGGCCACCAACAAGAACAACCGGAAGCAAGCGGCGGCAGCAGCAGCAGCUGCAGCAGCGGCGGCGGCGGCAGCAGCAGCGGCUGCCCAGCACGCUCAGCAAGUGUUGCCGAAUUUGCAGCAGAACCCAAUGGUCUCCAUCUACAACAACCUGCAUUUGCAGCACUUGCAGCAUCCACAUCUCCAGCUUCAGCAGCAACUUCAACUUCAUCACCAGCGCGUUGCUGGACUGGACAAUGCAGCGGCUGCAGCCGCAGCAGCGGCAUCAUCCGCGAACAUGGCCUACUCUAUUUCUCCGGCUUCUCCACUACCCUCGCCCACUGGCAGCGGCAACUAUGUCGAUCAGCAGCUGCAACAGCAGUCCAUGGAUGUAGCUCUGCAGCGCAAGACGGCCAUGGAGGAUUUCCGUGGCAUGUUGGAGACGGCGGUAAAUGGGUCAAGGGCCAGAAAAGACCUGGCUCUUAAAACACCCCAGUUGAACUUCUUCAAGGACGGCUGGCAUAUGGUGGGUGUGCACAAUUUCUUCGGUGAUCAGCCAAAGUCGCCCACUGAGACUCCGCCAGAAAUGGAGGAGACUACCAUGUCCUCACCGACCGAAGCAGAUCGUCUCGGAUCGGAGCCUCGCGCCGAGAUGAAGAACUUGGCCACGCUCUGCUCGGCCGCAGCAGCAGCUGCUGCAGUGGCUGCGGUUAACAAGGAUCAGGAUGAGAUUAGUUCGGGACUUGAGAGCGAAUGCGAGGAUGAUGCAGAGGGUGGUGCUGGGGCAGAUGGCGAGGAAAACACCCUGCCGCCAGAGCCAAUUGAAUUGGCAGCCGCUCUGAGGGAAGAUGGCAUAAUUGUGGAGGAAGAGGAGGAUGACGAGGAGGAGGAUGAUGACGAUGAAGAGCAGGAUACGAACAGCGGCGAGAUCGAUAAGCUGAACUAUGAUGACGAAGAUGCGGAGGUGGACAACGAUGGUGAGGUAGACUACAUCGACGAGGACGAAGGUGGUGGAGAUGGCGAGGAUGAAGAGGAUGAUGCGGACGAUGACGAGUUCUUCUUGGACGAGCCUGACAGCGACCAAGGAACUGGCAACAAUAAUAACAAUUCCAAAAGCGGUGCCAGUUCGCUGCCAUUGAAACAGCGCAAAAUGGCCACUCGGUUAGAGAACCUAAUCCUGACCUCGCAGACACUGUGCGACUUCCCGCCAGAGCUUACCAACUCGGAGCUGGUUCAUGUCCUGCCCCAAAUAAGCAAUCUCAAAGCAGCGGCCAGCAGCAACGCAGCUCUGAACAGCGUACUCCAGCAGCAGUUGGCAGCAGCCUCCGCGGCAGCUGCGCACGCCAAAGCGGCUGCAGUCCACCAGAAGCAGCAGCAUGGAGAGGGAGACCAGCAGUGCGAAGAUGAUGGCAGUGCUAGCGCAAGUGAGCUGUAUUCGGGUUUGGAGCACUUUGCCAAUGAUGGCGAAAUGGAGGACAUAUUCCAGGAAUUGGCAAGUAGCCUGAACUAUCCCGAGCUGGCCGAGUUUAGCCUCAAUCAGAUGUGCAAGGGUCGAUUUGCUGGCAAUUGGGCGCAAUCUACCGCCAAGUGGACUGGUCAGGAGCAGUUGGUGGGCGUCGUUAGGUCGCCGGGUCUCAUUAACCCAGGCGAUGUUCCGCAGGAUGCCCAGCGACAGGCAAAUCUUGUCCUCCUCGACUAUCCCAUGCAACAAAACAUCCAACUGGAGCAGCGACUACUCGAUGCUGAGGAAAUGCACCUGCAGCAACACCAGCAAACACCUUCUCCUCACCUCUCCUUACUGCCCUUUACGGAUGAACAGCAGCAGCAGCUUCACCACCAAGCUUUGCCCAAUGCAGCCGAUUUUCAGCAACACCAACAGCUUGCCCUGGAAAACGAUCCAGAACUGAAGCAGCAGCUUCAGCAGUACUCCAACGCGCGCAUCAUUAAAGCUGUGGCUGCCCAGCAUCAGCAGCAGCCUGCAACCAACUUCGUUUACAACGUGGAGAGCGGCGACAAGAAUGCUCCGCCAGUACAGUUGCUCUUCCAGUUGCCACCAAACAUGACUCAGCAUCAGGCGCAGCAGCAACAGGCCGUUGGAGAGCCCCUUACCGAACAGCAACAGCAGCAGUUACACGCUGAGCAGGCGCAUCUAUUUCAGCAUCGAACUGGCGGUCAGCGUCCGCCCACCCAGAGUGAGUUAGAGCAGGUGGCUCAAGAGCUGUUGCUUCAGCGAAGCGGCCAGAUGCCGGCAGGAGCUCCUGUUGUGGGUGUUCAGGCACUUCCUCUUAAGCAAAAGCACUUUAACCUGCAUCCGCCGCCGUGUCCACCCACCUGUGUCCAGCAUCAGGUGGCCACGCAGACGCAUCCUGCUUCUGUUGUAGUGCCGCAGCCUGCUGUUGGAUAUACACAAUUCGCUCUUCAGGCCUCCCAGCAACAGCAAAUGCAACAAAACGAGCUCUCCAUUUGGCCGAUGGGCACGCCUACUCCCACGCCCAGCAGCGGUGUGAGCGCCACCAAGUCGAUGCCCGGCGGCAUUGCCAAAAAGGCCAUUGACAAGCAGUCGCGCAAGGAUCGUCGUUGCGUGGUGCGCCAGACACCAGCCGGCAGUCAAGUGAACACCAACCAGCAUCAACAGCCGCAGGUCGCAACAGCCCAGCAACAAGCCCAACUGCAGAACCAGCUAGCCGUUGCGACCACCGUGAGUGUGGACAAGACUAUCGAGAUAGAUUCAGAGACGGAAUCCAACCACGAUACGGCGCUAACCUUGGCUUGUGCCGGCGGUCAUGAAGAACUGGUGGAACUGCUGAUCAAUCGGGGAGCAAACAUCGAGCACCGCGAUAAGAAGGGAUUCACACCGCUUAUCCUAGCCGCCACCGCUGGCCACGACAAAGUCGUAGACAUUCUGCUCAAGCACAGCGCUGAGCUGGAGGCUCAAUCAGAGCGUACCAAGGAUACUCCGUUGUCGCUGGCUUGUUCGGGCGGCCGAUACGAGGUGGUGGAACUUCUGCUUAGCGUUGGCGCCAACAAAGAGCACCGCAAUGUAUCUGACUACACUCCACUGAGCUUGGCAGCCAGUGGGGGCUAUGUGAACAUCAUUAAACUGUUGCUUAGUCACGGAGCAGAGAUCAACUCGCGAACGGGCAGCAAGUUGGGCAUUUCACCGCUUAUGCUAGCCGCCAUGAAUGGUCAUACGCCGGCCGUUAAGUUGCUUUUGGAUCAAGGAUCCGACAUAAAUGCCCAGAUCGAAACGAAUCGCAAUACAGCCCUGACUUUGGCUUGCUUCCAGGGCAGACACGAGGUCGUAAGUCUGCUGCUCGACCGACGCGCCAAUGUGGAGCAUCGAGCUAAGACGGGUCUGACACCGCUUAUGGAAGCCGCUUCAGGCGGCUACAUAGAGGUCGGUCGUGUUCUGCUGGACAAGGGUGCGGACGUGAAUGCUGCUCCAGUGCCGACGUCCAGGGACACUGCUUUAACAAUUGCCGCCGACAAGGGUCAUCAAAAGUUCGUGGAGCUCCUUCUAUCUCGUAAUGCCAGCGUAGAGGUGAAAAAUAAGAAAGGUAACUCUCCACUCUGGCUAGCUGCCCAUGGUGGCCACCUCAGUGUGGUGGAGCUCCUGUACGAUCACAACGCAGACAUUGACUCACAGGAUAAUCGACGCGUUUCCUGCCUGAUGGCUGCCUUCCGCAAGGGGCACACCAAGAUUGUGAAGUGGAUGGUGCAGUAUGUGUCGCAGUUUCCCUCUGACCAGGAGAUGAUUCGCUUCAUUGGUACCAUAAGUGACAAGGAGCUGAUAGACAAGUGCUUUGACUGCAUGAAGAUCCUGCGUAGCGCCAAAGAGGCCCAGGCCGUCAAGGCCAAUAAGAAUGCUUCGAUCCUAUUGGAGGAGCUGGAUCUGGAGCGGACUCGCGAGGAGAGUCGCAAAGCUGCCGCCGCCCGUCGUCGUGAGCGCAAGAAGAAGAAGAAGAUGGAGAAGAAAGAGGAGAAGCGCCGUCAACAACAGGGUAAUGGUGCUGGCGGAGACGAUAUGCAAGGCGAUGACGAUGACGCCAGUGACAAAGAUGAUGAUUCCGACAAGGACGAUGAAGACGAGGAGGCAGCGCCGGCCGCCGCCCGCGAGGAGGGAGACUCUGGCAUCGAUCAGGGCUCGUGCUCCAGCGGUGACACCAAAGGUGUGCGCUUGGGUGGCUGUCAAUCCGCUCAGGCUGCGGAGGCGGCAGCCAAUUCCGUAUCCAACAACAACCAGGGAAAGAAGAACAAGAAGCAGCCGAAAAACAAGGUGUUGGUAACGGUGGAACCAGUUCCAACACCAACUCCUCCAGUCGUCACAUCGAACACCGUCCUCAAGGGCAUCUGUGUGAAAAAGCAACCUGCAGUCGAAGUUGUAAAGCAAACUCCUGCCGCGCAACAGGCUGCCCCUCUCAAGCGGCAGCUCGAUGUGAAAAAGGAGGAACCCUCUCUCAAGAAGAAGGAGGAGAAGAACAGCUCGUCCAGCAGCAGCAAUAAGCGUGAGAAGGAGAACCUUGCGCCCAAGGAGGUUGCACUGCCAGCUAAGCAGCAACCCAGUAGCUCCAGCAAACUGCAGAGCAGCGAGUCUGCGAGCAACAUAAACAGCAGCACCGCUACCAACACCAGUAGCGCCAAUACUACUACCCGCAAGGAAGUUGCAAAGCCAGUGUCACAAGCCGCGAGUGCCACCAGUUUGAAUCCUGCGAAGCGCACCGAAGUCGAUGGUUGGAAGGAAGUAGUCCGCAAGAGCAGCGCCCAGCAGACCACAGCGGUGGGAGCGAGUGGAGCACCUGUGCCUGUGACAGCCACCAGUUCGGCCACCAGCGUGCAGCACCAUCCGCACCAUCACCUAGGCAACAGCUCCAGCAACAGCUCUAGCUCUCUGGCCACAAGCGCCACUACCGCAACGUCUUCGGUACCCGAGAUGACCUGCAAGAAGGUGCAAGUGCCCGUGAAUGCCAUCUCCCGGGUGAUUGGACGAGGUGGAAGCAACAUUAACGCGAUUCGCGCCACCACUGGUGCUCACAUCGAGGUGGAGAAGCAGGGCAAGAACCAAUCGGAGCGUUGCAUCACGAUCAAGGGCUUAACCGAUGCUACAAAACAGGCACAUAUGCUCAUUUUGGCACUGAUAAAGGAUCCCGAUGUGGACAUAUUGCAAAUGCUGCCCAGGAUUAACAGCAGUAUUAAGCAGGCGUCCAGUGGCGGGGCAAGCGCUCCAAUGUCUGUUGGAACGUGGGAUAAUCGCACCGCUGCCGGUGUUAAUGCGUACACCUUUUCUUCAGCUGCCUCCACCACCUCCACUUCGUCCAGCUCGUCUGCCAGCUCUACUACACCGGCGGGAGCUGCGUACAGUAAUGCGCACAAGCAGCAGCAGCAGCAGCUGCAGUCAGUGAAGGCCCCAAGUGGACGGUCAUCAGCGUCAGCAUCGGUCAAGUCUAAUGGCAGCAGCACCAAGGUGUCGGCCUCCAGUGGAUCGGGUUCCCGGAACGGCAGGGGUGGCAGCAGCUAUCUCGGCCAACAGCAGCCUGGUCGCAGCACUGGAGGUGCCUCCUCAAAUGGCGUGACCAAGAGCAAGGCAGACAGCUCUUCUAAAUCCCAGCCAGCCGCACAGAAGAGCAGUACCACGUUGGGUAAAUCAUCGACUGUGGCACCGGGGGCACAAAACUUCGCAAAGGCAGCGGCUGUUGCACAGUCCUCACCCAAAAAGGCUGAGGGUGGUGCUACAUCUGCGGUGAUCAGCGCUGCCGGUGGACGCAGCAGUGGCGUGGUGGCACCAUUUGGACGGGGCAAGCCUGUUGCUGGCCAAGGAGGGUCGACCGCAACGGCGGCUUCCAACGUUGCCCAGCUCGGAAGUGUAAGUGGCAACAGUAGCAACAGCAACAUAUUGGCUGGACCAAUUGGCACCUUCAAUGUAGCGGAUGUGGCCGCUGUGAAUGCAGCCGCGGCAGCAGGAGCAGCAGCCACCACCAACAGCAAUGUGAAACCCAUUGCUCCCAUUGCACCGCCCAGUAAGCGAGUUGGAUCUCCCAUCCAAGCCCAGCCACAGCAGCAACCGCAGCAGCAGCAGCAACAACAGCAACUACCCCAAUCAGCACCAGUUCCUGGCCCACAGCUGCCACAACAACAGCAGCCGCAACAACAACAGCAGCAGCAGCCACAACAAGCGCCUCAGCAGCAGCAGCCACAGCAGCCAGCACAGCAACAGCAACCACAGACGUCCCAGCAAAAUCUCGUGAUCAACACAAACCUGCUGAACGAUCUGAUGGCCGCCAGUGCAGCAAACACCACCAGCGAUAGCUUCAGUGCCCAGCUGGCAGCGAAGUUGUCUAGCGCAUAUUCCCUGUUCAGUGACUACCAGCAGUCGCAGUGGGGAAAGUUGGGCGAUCCAGGCAUCGGCGGUGGAGCUGGAGCUGUGGGCGAUGGUCUGCCGCAAGCGGAUGCUUCCAAGGCACCAGGAUACAAUCGCAACAUCCUCAGCUCGCCCGUGGGCAGUUCCAAGGCCUCGUCGAAUCACUCAACCUCGCCUCCAGUGGGUAAUGUGAUCCAGCAGCAACAGCAACAGCAACCGCAAUCUAGCCAACAGGCUCUCAACAUCAUCACCAGUGGACAACCGGGUGGGCCUGCAACAGCGCCAGCCAGGUCACCAAUGGUGGCAGCCAACGAGGGAGGAAAUCCCGCAGUGGGCCAGCCCUCCAUCAAUGGAACGCAAGGAUUGGGUGAGACGGCUCCGGCCCAUUCACCAGGCGUUAUUAAACCGCCCACGGCCACAGUUCCCAUCCAGCGCCAUGUGCCCAUGCCGAUUUCUGCGCCGGAGGCUGGAGUACCGCCCACAUUCGGAGCUAUUGGUUCCAACCCAGUAAGCGGCAACAAUUCGGUGGCUGCCCAGGCCGCAGCUGCUGCCGCCGCAUCGGCGAUGAUCGAUCGCCAGCAGCAGAAUUUGCAGAAUCUGCAGACAUUGCAAAACUUGCAACGGAUGGUGGGAGCCUCACAGCAGCAACAACAGCAGCAGCUGAACUAUCCCAUGGAUCCCACGGCCUCAUCGUACAUCGUGGAUGGUAAUAACUUACUGCGUCUGAAUCAGCGUGUCAUCUACCCGCAAGGCAACACCAAGCCACCACAGCCACCGCCGCAGGGUGGAACGCAGUCGAAUAUGUUUGGAGGAAAUCAAGGCAGACAACCACCUGGAGCGGUUGCCAGACAGCCGGGCGGAGCAGCUACACAGCGUUGGUAUGGCGGCGCUCUAGAGUAUCCUUCUUACAGCGGCCGCGACAUGCUGCACCUGGAGAAUGGAGCCGGCGGAAUGGCGGGCAUGGGCUCACCAUCGGCAAUGUCGCCCAAUCACGACGACAUUCGCAAGAUGCCGCGUCCCAUUGGUACCGAGCGAGCCGCAUCAUGGAAGUACAACAACUUUAACGUGGGAGCCUCGACACUCAGCAUGGAAGAUGCUCUAGCCAGUGUGUUGCCCCCCUGGGCACAUGAGCCAAAGGCUCAGCCUCCGGGCUUGCAGCAGCCUCCUCCUCCGCCGCAGUCGCAGCAGCAGCAACAACCGCUCAACUGGCUGAAGCAGCAGCCGCAGCAGCAGCAGUACAGGGCCUACAACAAUGGACCCUAUCCGCAGCAGCAGCAGCAUGAGCAAAUGAAUAUGCCCAUGGAUUACCACAACAUGCAGGCACCUCCAAAUAUGAGCCAGCAGCAGCAACAGCACGUCAACUUGAUGCCCUCCUAUGGCUACCAGCAUUUUGUGGGCGCUCCUGGAGCGGUUGACAUCUCCGCACACAUGCCGGACAAGAUGGAGGUGUGGGAUCACCACGACAAACACAUGCCCUGGACCAACUAUACCACCAACUGGUCCAACUGAUGUGCCAGCGAAACUCAGCAGGAGGAUCUCUUCGAUGCCUGAAUCGAGCAGCUAUGGCUGAGAGAACUCCUACACAAAAAUUACCAGCACCCAGCAGAAAUGUCAGCAUCAGUAGCAGCCGUAACACCAUUAGCAUCUCACUGAUUUGAAAAUGCAAAGCGAAAUAAUAUUUGUUGAAUUUCUACGUUUUCUAUUCGGAUUCUCGGCUUCUUCUCCCCAAUCCUAAAUCUUCUAACUGCCGCCUGCCAACUUUUGUGGAUACCAAUUAACAGCAUGAUGGAAAAUUGCAACAUGGCUUUGUUCUUUAGUUUAUCAAUUUAAAAACUUUUGAAUUUGGGUAAUUAUUUAACUUCGCAGGCAAAACAUGAAAUUUAACCAGAAACAUAUAAAAACGCUAAAGAAAUGCAAAAAUGAUAAAAAGCUAAAUGCUAGAAGAAAACAUGUUCGAAACUGGUGCCCAGGCAACUGGGACCGAUAUAUAUUAUUUAUUUUUAAAUGUAUUGAUAUUUUUGAAGAAGCAUGAAGUUAGUGGUAGCUUUUUGUGUGUUCAGCUAGAGGGAAAACGAAACGAAAAGUUAAUCUUCUUUACACACAACAUAUACAUGCACUAACCCCCUCCCCCGCACACAACAAACACACACACCCACACCCAUACAUACACAAAUACAUUUACGUUAAGAUAGAAGUCAGUCUUAUGAAUGAAACAUUAAAGUGAAAUGUUUAGCGCCAGCUAAAGUUAAAGUACACACAAACUUUUAUUACAACACUUAUACAUAAAUACAUCUAUAUAUAUAUAUUUAAUAACAUUAAUAAAGGCAACAAAUGAAUGUCGAAACUGUAAAUUUUAGGCGCGCACUAUUCUCUAUCCCCCUGUUUUGUCCCCGAAAAAAACCAAACCGCACUAAACAACAAGAAGCUAACGAAACCGGAAACUAGAACAAAGCUAUGAAAACGCAUAUGCAUACGCUAUGAAUCGCAAAAAGUACGAAACGAAAAACCACAAUCGACAGAUAAUUACUUAAUUCAACUUUACAACGUAUACAUACCAUUAACUACUCCCAAACUCAAAGAUACCAAAACCACAAUCCGAACGAAACAUCCGAGACGGAGCUGCUGCAGAGCUUGGUGUUCUUCUGGUCGGAAGUGAAUGAAACCCUUGGUCGAUAACCCGAAAAAUGUAGUUAGUAGAAAUUGAAAUUGCUUAAAUAACUAAGUAAAACAUCAAUAACUUAAUGGUCGAGUAACGUUUUAAUAUUCCAUUUACGAGAACUAAACGAUAUAUGAUACGAUGAUGAAGAUAAUUAAGAUGACGAGACGAGACGACGAAGCGGCGCUUGCUUGCCAUCUUUGAUGCUUUUCCGACACUGCUCAUAGACGUACAUAAAAUAUAUACCUAUCUAAAAUAUAUACUAGCGAAUAGCAUAUAUGAGAUACAUAAACUUUUAUUUCGAUCCCUGAUGAACGCGAGCGAAAACUAAACAAACGAAGAAGAUAUGUAAAAACACUUGAUCAACCCAAAACCCCAUCCUGCCUGAUCCAGGAUCGCACCACCAGUGGGCACGAGUGAAAUCGAAGUCCGAAAACCCGGACCCGGGUGGAUAAGUGGUGGUCGUCAUGCAAUUGCUUUGUAAAAUUCUAGAGGAGAACGAAAACACGUAAACGUUGCUUGAGAUGAUAUAUACAUAAAUGCUUAGAGAACCGUUUAAAGAGCAAUCCACGCAUAAUCCCACACAGAAAAACACAAAAACCCCGAUUGCAAGAUAUACUUUAUCGAUGAUAAAUACGAUGAUGAAUAUGAAAAUACGAAAUAAAUGAUAAUAUAAGUGAA